AUUGAAUACGCCUAUCGCAACUGUUUCAAGCCCUGUUUAGAGUUGCAAACGUGUCCAAGAUGGCCAUCGAUGAUGAUUUCAUCCUGACAAUCUCCGAUAACGACGAGGACAUUCUCGUGGCGGACGAGGAAGAGACCGCGGAGCCUCCAACGGCACCCACCACUUCACGGAAGCGAAAGCACGAAGAAGUUGCCGGGAAAGCGAACGGGACGAAGAAUGUGAAGAAGGCGAAGAAUAAAGGCUCAAAGAAAACCAAUGGAGCGAAAGGCAAACCGCAGCCGGAAUCUUCAGAUGAGGAAGAGGACGAAAACCAAUACUGGGCGGAUGGAGGUGAAGAUGACGGAGCCAUUGACUCGGAUUUCGAGUUCCAAGUUGGAGACGGCGGUGUUACAAUCGAUGAUGAGUUUGACGGCUGGGGACUGAGUGCGUCGAAAGCUACAACCGAUGCGAGUGUCAAGAAAGGUGUCGACCUUGACCAGAUCAUCGAGCGGAGAAGACAGGCGAAUGGAGAGACCAAUGGAGACCCUGAAAACAAAGGCGACGCUAUUGGAGAUGAGGACGCGUCCCCUGUAAGCGAUGGCAGCGACGAAGACAAGGAAGAGUUUGGAGGCUUCAGCGAGGAGGAAGAUGUUGACCCAGCCGAGUUUGGCGCCGCACUUUCGGGCGCAGCAAAUGGGCAUGACGACUCCGAAGACGAUGAGGAAGAGGAUGAAGCCCUUGAUGGAAAUUCCGAGGAAGAGUCAGAGGCAGAGCCUAUGGCACACCCAGACGAUAUCUCCGAUGCCUCCGAUUCCGAACCCGAUGCCGAAGAACAGGCCAAGCGGACAGCAUUCUUCGCCCCGGAACCAAAGGCUGCAAAGGGUGCUAAAGGGGACAAAGGCAAGAAAGAGUCAAAUGGUUUCCAGGCAAUGUCACUCUCGCGUCCAGUUCUUCGAGGUGUCGACGCCGUUGGUUUCACUACACCUACCCCCAUUCAAGCGAAGACUAUCCCCGUCGCGCUGUUGGGCAAGGAUAUUGUCGGUGGAGCUGUUACGGGUUCCGGAAAAACUGGUGCAUUCAUCAUUCCCAUAAUCGAGAGACUGUUGUACCGACCGAAGAAGAUCCCCACUACGCGAGUAGCGAUUCUCAUGCCGACUCGAGAGUUGGCAGUACAGUGUUUCACCGUCGCGAAGAAGUUGGCCAGUUUCACCGAUAUCACGUUUGCGCAAAUUAUCGGUGGAUUUAGCCUCCGAGAGCAAGAAGCUGUCUUGCGUAGUCGGCCGGAUGUGGUGAUCGCCACGCCGGGUCGUUUUAUUGACCACAUGCGGAACAGCGCCAGCUUUAAUGUAGAAAUGUUGGAGAUCCUAGUGCUGGAUGAAGCCGAUCGAAUGCUUGAAGACGGAUUCGCGGAUGAGUUGAAUGAGAUUCUUACGGAGAUUCCGAAAAGCCGCCAGACCAUGCUCUUCUCAGCCACGAUGACCCAGAGCGUUGAUAAGCUGAUCCGAGUCGGGAUGAACCGUCCGGUUAGACUUCUAGUGGAUGCGAAGAAGCAGACGGUCUCCGGACUCGUGCAGGAAUUCGUCCGCUUACGACCGGGCAAGGAAGACAAGCGUCUAGCGUACCUCCUGUACAUCUGCAGCAACCUCUACACGAACCGCGUCAUCAUAUUCUUCCGUGCCAAGAAGCUCGCCCACCGCGUCCGCAUCAUCUUCGGUCUCUGCGGGCUCAAAGCCGCCGAGCUACACGGAAGCAUGAGUCAAGAGCAGCGUAUCCAAGCCGUCGAGUCCUUCCGCGCCGGAACCGUCUCUUUCCUUCUCGCCACCGACCUCGCCUCCCGUGGUCUCGACAUCAAAGGCGUCGAAACCGUCGUCAACUACGAAGCGCCCCAAUCGCACGAGAUCUACCUCCAUCGAGUCGGACGAACGGCUCGUGCCGGCCGUACCGGCCGUUCGUGCACGCUCGCCGCAGAGCCCGAUCGCAAGGUCGUGAAGGCGGCGGUCAAGUCGGCACGGGAGCAGGGUGCCAAGAUCACGAGCCGGACGAUCCCGCAGGACGAGGGGGAUGCAUGGGCGAAGAAGUUGGAGAAGCUGGAGGAGGAGGUGGAGGAGGUGUUGCAGGAGGAGAAGGAGGAGCGGGCGAUGGCACAGGGGGAGCGGGAUAUGAAGAAGGGGGAGAACUUGAUGGAGUUCCAGGAGGAAAUUAUGAGCCGGCCAAAGCGGACGUGGUUCGAGACGGAGGCGGAUAAGAAGAAGGCGAAGGAGGCAGGGCUGAAGGAGUUGAAUGGGCCUGGGGAGGAGAAGGGGAAGCGGGUGAAGAAGAAGUUGAGUAAUAAGGAGAUCAAGAAGGCCGAGGCGAAGGAUCAGAGGAAGGGGGAGAAGAUGUGGAAGAAGGGGAAGGACGCUGGGCAGGAGAGGGUGGUGAAGACGGGGAAGAGCGCGAGGAGGAAGACGGGAGGAAAACGAAAAUAAUUCAAUUAGCCUUGUUUGGUUGAUGCAGUAGUUUUGGAUAUACCCAGUGGUCUUGAUAGACAUGAGCUGAAUGCGAUAUCUGCUUGCCUCGAU